AUGCGACCUCCUUCUGCUGCCUCAUGCGCGGUGCUGUUGGGCGGCUCAGUGGUGGCCUCCGGUAGCUUCGUGCCCGACUUCUUGGCAUGGGCAAACCCAUGGGAUGGACUGAAGAAGUAUCUCUUCACAGACGAAGUGGAGCAAUUCGAGGUCAUUUCGGACAAUGCUUCGGUGUUACACCAUGAAGUUGCUCCAUGGACGAAGGGGAGAAGGGCUGGCUUGCCUGGAAAGCUCGGUCCAGAGUUUGCAACAUCAGGGUCGGUGGAGGGAAGAAGACCCGUUCCGAAGGUCGAGGUUGACGAAUUCCCCGGGCGAUUGGACGAGUUCCGCCACAAAGAGCCCGUCGUUCUUCGCGGCUUAGUCAGGCGCUGGCCGGCCACGAAGGAGUGGACCUGGGAGCAGCUUGCAGACCCUGAAGGAAAGUAUAGGCACUUCCACCUGGAGAAGCAUCUGCAGCAGUUCUUCUCGACCCAUGCAAAGAGCGAGAAUCUCUUUCUGGAGAACAUCAUUUUGAAGCCGCCUUUCUCCAGCGACUGCCCUUUUGCGGCAGUCACGCAGCAAGGCGACGGUCCCAACAAGGUCCUGGGCAGAAACUUCCUGCCGCGGCUCAACGAGGCAUGGUCAGAAAGCAAGGCGCAGGCAUUUCAAGCGGGGAUGUUGGAGGACGAGAACUACGCCGAGUCCGUGCAGGGCUUUAUCAUCGCCGGCCCUGCCGGUGCAGGAGGCAUGUUGCACGUGGAUCCAGACUCCACUGCUUACUGGAACGCCUUGGUUCAUGGCCGCAAGCGCUGGCUCUUCCUCAAGCCCGAGGAGUUGGAGGCACUGGCGGAAGCCGUCGCCAACGCAAACUUGGGACAGGAACUUGGGUUGCUCACGUUGCCUCCGACCAACGUGAGCAACGACCUGACGAUCAGACACAUCAAGAGGUUGCUGCAGAAAGUUCCUGCCAUCCAUUGGUUUGGGAAAUUGCUGCCACUUUUGCAGCAGGCGAAGCUGGAGUUUAGCCAUGCAGAGGUUAUCGUGGAGGCAGGGGAGCUCGUCUUUGGACCCCCCGGUGUUUGGCACAUUGCCUUGGCUCUGGAGGAUUCCAUUUGCUGCAGCGAGCAGCUGAUAGAUGACGGGAAUCUGCUCCGCUUCGUCAAGGAUGAAGGGCAGCCGUACGAGCCAGCGUUUGCUUACUUGGGCUGUCAGGCUGCGAAAAAACAUUGGCCCGAGCUGCUUGAGCCGAUUUCGGCUUUCUGCAGCCGUGCUGAGCGGGAUUUGAAGAGGCAAAGCGGCUUCCUGCAGCCCAAGCGCAGAGGCCCAGCAUGCAACGGUACUGACAAGGGGGAGAAGUCCAGCUGUCGCGCUGGAUGA